CUUUUAGGAUUCUAAAUUGAAAGGAGCUGAAACAAACCCUCCGAAAUGCAAGGGACAAGUGAGCGUGCAGUUCUCACAAUUGUCUUCUGCUUUUCAAUUCUGGUAAUCAGUGCACAAAGCUACGAUUUCGGUAGUUGUCCGAAACUCCUAGACCCAGUUGGCAUCCACCCAAGUUCUGGACAAGUGAUCAAAGCAGGACGAUUUGACGUGACGAAGAAUGCUGAUGAAAUAGUUGUAACCACGAUCUGCGAUGAGAGCUUGGGUUGGAUCCUUGCUGACACUCGUUUUAAGGAAGUUAGGUGUUCUAACGACGAGAGAAGACGAGUUUGGUCAUGGAGUCACCAACACCGGAGCCAGAUUACUCCUCCUCAAAUCAGAUGCGCUAGUUUCUCCCCGAAACCCCUGGAACAGAGCUACACACUCCACAACUACCAAGGAUGCAGCUCAGCUGACAUCCGAGCAUCCCUCACUUCACAAGUAGCCGCACAGUUGGAGAAAGAACUUCCAUGUGUAGUUAGCAAGGAGUGUGUAGUGCCGUCAGUGCGCUGUCGGGGGGAGGGGACUAGCAGCAAGUUGUCUGUUGUUGUUGAGCCUACAAUGUUGGGUAGCUUGGAGCAACAGAAACAGAUGUUGGAGGAUGCGGCUCAGUUCUUGAGGGAUACCUUCAAACCUGUCUUUUCCAGCGGUGGUAUUAGUAAGCGGGACGCUGACCCAAAUCCAUUCCCUGACGGUGAUCCUGAUGAUUCAACGACAACUGACUGUCUGGACGGGCAGAAAACCAUGAAGAUAAACGACACUUGCGUCGACUGUACCGCAGGAACAUUCGCGAACAAAACAGAUCCCAAUAAUGAGAUUUGUGAGCCAUGUGAUUACGACAGUUACAGUGAAAAUAAAACAAACUCACAGUGCACCCACUGUGCGGCUCAAAAGGGCACUCUUACUCCUGGAUCUGAUUCUAAGGAUGAUUGUACAGAUAUCUGCGAAGUGCCUCAAGUAGAUUACACCUCCUUAAUGGAACCAGCUGCUGGGGGAAGAGUCCUUGAGGGGGAGGUGGUAACCUUACACUGUAACCAGGGGUUCUACUAUGGCAACAUGGCCGCAUCUGAGGUUACCUGUAACGAUGAUAAAGAUAACAACAACAAUUUCCCGGCUUCCUGCAGAGGUAUAACCGUGAAAACUGAGAAAACCUCGAUAAAAGAAGGCUCGGAUAUGAGUUUGACAUGUGUGGUGAACACUACUGGUACAAUUCCUAAAUUUACAUGGUACAAGGCCCCAGUUGACAAACCGGAUCAAACGAAAAAGUUAUUAAUAGACGGCGUUUUUCUGUGGUCCUCUCCAGUCUUCAACAUCACAAGUUUUAAUGGAGAUGAUAAUGGACAUUACUACUGCCAACCUGAAUAUAAGGAACCUAUAUUGGAUGACUUGUCAAAACCUGUCACACUUUCUGUACUCGACGUUAAAAUGAAUCCUGUGGAACGUACACAUGCUUACGUUGGAUACCAAGUAAAUUUCACAUGUACCAUGAGGAUUGACCCCAGCUAUCCCAAACGAACAAUCGAAUGGACGAAGAAUACUACUAAAGAGAAGAUAACGACAGGCAUGACAACAAGUCAAACAGACCAGUUCUACCAUAGUGUCCUGACUCUAUCGGACCUGAACCUGGAGGAUACUGACAUUUACAAAUGCUCAGGAACCUACACGAACACUGUGGGGAACGAGACUGUUUCAUUGGCGGAACAAGUAGAAGUCACUGUGCGAGGUUUUGUGAAGCAGCUAGAGAAUGUUUCGGUUCUUGUGGGCAAGGAUUUCCGCUUGGAUUGCGAAUUCUUCGUCGGUUCAGAUAUAGGCCGGAAUGAUGAUGAGUCAGAAUUAAGCUGGAAAAGAUACGAGAAUGGUUAUUGGGCCGACAUUAACAACGACACCAGAUUUACCAUAACCAAGGAAUUCAACGACACCACCUCAUAUCCUCUUCUACUCUGA